AUGAGCCUCAUCUAUCACGACAGCGCCCUCCGGAACAAGGCAGUGCACAGCACUCGGCUGCCCAGUUCUUGGGACCCGGCUGCACACCAGUGGGGAAAUGGCAUUCUUCUGGAGGGAGAACUGGUUGAUGUCUCUCAUCAUAACAUCUCAGAUGCUAGUGGCAAAAAGGAGCGUUACUAUGUGCUGUACAUCAGACCCAGCCACAUCCAUCGCCGCAAAUUCGACUGCAAAGGGAACGAGAUAGAACCCAACUUCAGCAACACCAGGAAGGUGAACAUGGGCUUCCUCAUGUCCUCGUACAAGGUGGAAGCCAAAGGUGACACGGAUAGGCUCUCGCCCACAGAGUUGAAGGGACUGGUGGAAAAGCCAGAGCUGGUGGCGGUGACAAAAUGCCACACUCCAGACCAGGCACUAGCCUUUUGGAUUCCUGAGACGGAGAUGGAGAAGAUUGAACUAGAGCUAGGUGCAGAACUUCUGCAGUAG